AUGGGUGAAGCUCAACUUCAAGAACUGCAACUCAGCGUUACUGGUAAGUCGGUUUCUCGGGAAGCUAAUGAAGAAAACCGUCAUGGCCAUACAAAUGGUUCAACCAACCAGUCAAGUAUUCCUCAGCCAAGAAGAAAACUUAUCAGGUGGAUUCGAAUCGGUAUCUACGCGGUGUUUGUUCUUGCCGGUCAGUCAGUAGCAACGCUGUUGGGGAGAUUGUAUUAUGAAAAAGGCGGAAAUAGCAAAUGGAUGGGAACACUCGUUCAGCUUGUGGGCUUUCCAGUCCUGCUUCCCUACUAUUUGUUCUCAGCAAAAAAGAAUAAAAAUGCUAUAUCAGAAAGUAACGCUAAUAUAAUUUCUGAAGGUAGCACUAAUAUGAUGAGUACAAAACCACCUUCUACUUUAAUCCUUGCAUCAAUUUAUACUGUUCUUGGCCUAAUUAUAGCUGCAGAAUGCUAUUUGUACUCUAUGGGGAUAAUGUACCUUCCUGUGUCCACUUACUCACUUAUAUGUGCAUCUCAAUUAGCCUUCAAUGCUUUCUUCUCCUUCUUUCUCAACUCUCAAAAGUUCACUUUUUACAUCAUAAAUUCCCUGGUCCUCGUAUAUCAAUCGAGAGCCGAGGAUACUCCCAAUAUCUCGAGAGCAAAGUAUGUGAUCGGUUUCAUUUGCACCGUCGGUGCAUCAGCAGCGUUUGGAUUGGUGCUCUCGUUGACACAAUUAUUCUUUAAUAGAGUCCUGAAGAGGGAGUGUUUUUCAGUGAUCACGGAUGUCAUAGUGGGCGAAUCACUUGUUGCUAGCUUGGCAAUUCUUGUAGGGCUUUUCGCAAGCGGGGAGUGGAAGGGUUUGGAUGAGGAGAUGAACUUGUUCGGGCUUGGGAAGGUGUCGUAUGUCAUGACACUAGCAUGGACAGCCGUGACAUGGCAGCUUUAUGGCAUUGGAGCUGUGGGCUUGAUUCUUGAGGUGUCUUCACUCUUCUCCAACGUCAUGAGCGCUUUGGGUUUGCCUAUUGUCCCGAUCUUUGCAGUGUUUUUCUUCCAUGAGAAGAUGAGCGGGAUAAAGGUUAUGGCAAUGUUCUUGGCUAUUUGGGGCUUCAUUUCAUAUAUUUAUCAGAACUACCUUGAUGAUUAUAGUUCCAAGAAAGAGAGCCAAAAUGUGAUGAGAGAAUCUACAGCUUCGCUCCAUAGAGAAAGAGAGAUCAACAUUUGAAUCUAUAAACU